AUGCAGGUCAGGCGCAGGGGCAAGCCUGCAGCUGCCUCUGUAGAGGAGUCCGAUGAGGAGGAGGACGCUGGCGCACGCCACAACGAGAGCGCGGACGAAGAUGAUGUUGCCGAUGAGGGUGUCCGGCCCGAGAAGAAGAUCGGCGCCAAGAAGCUGGCCAAGCUGCAGCGCAAGGAAGAAGCCAGACAGAUCCGACAGGCCGAGGAAGAGAGGAGGGCGCAGCGAAAGGCGAGGGAAGAGCAGGAGGAAGCGGAGCGGCUGAAGCGCAAGCAGGACGAGAAGGAGCAGGAGCGACUGGAGCGCGAGGACGAGGAGCGGCGGAAGAAGGAGCGAGAGGAGCGAGAGCUGGAGGAGUUCAACAAGUGGAAGAGCUCCAUCGAGGUCGAGGCCGAGGGCAGCGCCAAGGCCGAGCAGGAGGAGAAGAAGGCCAAGCUGGCAUUCUUCGCCGACCACGUCAAGAAGGAGAAGGUGGUCCUUCUCGAGGACCUGGCCAUCACCUUCAGCCUUCAGACGCAGGAGGUGAUCGACGAGCUCACCAAGGCCGAGGACGAGGGCCGACUCACCGGAGUCAUCGACGAGCGAGGCAAGUACAUCUACAUCAGCCCCGAGGAGAUGGACUCUGUGGUAUGCUGCCUCUUCUUCUUCUCUUCGUUCACGCCCAGCCCAGAGAUCUAA